UUUGUCCUUGAUAGCUUUUCUUGCUCAUAUAUUCAUUUCAAGAGAACUGUAGGCAAAGAGUCCACCAUGGCAGCCAAACCUGUCAUCAAAGUUGUGGCCAUCUGUGGAUCUCUUCGGAAAGCUUCUUACCACCGUGGCCUCCUCCGAGCUGCAAUGGAGUUGAGCGAGUCGAUAGAUGGAUUAUUGAUCGAGUAUGUCGACAUAUCGCCUCUACCGAUGUUGAACACGGAUCUGGAAGUCGACGGCAAAUAUCCACCUGCCGUUGAGGCUUUUCGUCGGAAAAUUCUUCAAUCAGAUUGCUUCCUCUUCGCUUCUCCUGAAUACAACUACUCCAUCACCGCGCUUCUAAAGAACGCAAUAGAUUGGGCAUCGAGGCCACCAAACGUGUGGGCCAAUAAGGCUGCUGCUAUCCUAAGUGCCGGAGGAUUGUUUGGUGGCGGGUUGGCCCAGUAUCAUCUUCGGCAAGUUGGAGUUUUUCUUGAUCUUCAUUUCAUAAACAAGCCCGAGUUUUCAUUGUACGCAUUCCAACCUCCUGCAAAGUUUGACGAUGGUGGCAAUUUAACCGACCCUGAAGCUAAAAAGAGGUUAAAACUUGUUCUUCUAUCUCUCAAGGCAUUUACAUUGAGGCUCCAACAAGAUGAUUGAUGAUGGAUUUGUAUGCCAUUUGGCUUGUAAAAAUGGGUAUUUCUUGAAAAUAAAAUGCAAUUCUAAUUCCCCAAUC